UGUGUGUGAAAUCCCCAAGUGAAGUAUGGAUUUGUUAGAUUCUUGAAAUCUGGGAUUUCCUGGUUAUUAAACCAGGAUCCUUGAUUUCUUGUUUUUCAAAUUUCUGAAUUUUUGGUUUGUAAGUUAGGGUUUACUUUAUGUUGUUAAGCCGUCUGAGAGGUUCCCAGAUUUCAUGUCUUGGAUUUGUGAAAGUCAUGAUAUUAUUCUGUUUCGUGUUGAAGAGGAUGCUUGAUAGUGGUAAUGUGCAUCUGUUGUGUAUGAAUGCUUCUUGUGGAUAGAAUCCAAUACUUCCCAAUCGUUAUAUUUGCGUAUGGAAUGGAUAAAUUUUGGUGCAAUAAAAGAAGGUUUAAAAGAACUGGUAUACAUUGAGACUUGCAAGGGAAUGGGACAUGUUGAUACUUGGGAGGGAGGAUAUAGGACAUGUUGAAAGGGGUCUUGUGGAUCUGGCUUUAGCCUUCAAGGAAUAAUUGAAAUUGGGUAAUCUAACAUGAUGUUAUAUGCCCACUGGGAAGAUCAGCAUGCUAUAUGAAAUUUUAGCUAGUUUAAAUUAAGUAUUAGUCAAACUACAUAUGACUCCUUGCAGUUAGAGGGAUAUUUAUAAAUGCAUGGAGUAAAACUAUUUUGAGCCAUGUCCUUUCCAUUGAUUGGAGGGAAAGCAUUUAAAAAUGCCCAGUGAAAUAUUUGCUCCGCCAUUUCCCAUCAGCCUGCCUUUUUAUCAGGAUUGCUUUCUUUUGUGCUUUUUUGGGAAAAAGGAAAAUAGUGAACCCGUUGAGCUGAAAUUUGUCAGGACUACAUUUCCUUUUGGAUCUUCACACUUGCCAUACUCUGGGGGAUUGUAAUUUUGGAAUUGUGGAGGCCCAAUUCACUAGUGGCUGUGUUGCAUAGAAGUAUGCAUUUUUUCAUGGGCAAUAUUCUCUAAUACAUAGACUGCUUCAUAUUUGAAUUGUUUGUUCAGUUUACAUAUAUUACAACUUGUUUUGUAAACAUCUUUUAUUUUUUAAUUCCUGAUGGCCUCUAAUGUUGUCAUUGUUCCAUUUUAAUCUGAAAUUGGUGUUGUUGCAGUUAUUAAAGAGACCAUGACUGAAACAUCUAUCCUGAGUUCUAUGUUUUGACCGUCCUUAUAUUUCUAUAUUUCAGCACUCAUAUGUGCUAUGCAUAAUAUAAAGGCAAUAUUGGUGCAUAGAGAACUGGUAUUGCUAUCAGUUCAUUACUGUAAUUUCUAGGAGUGUACUUGACUCUGGUUUUACACUUCUUCAAUUUUUGCCUUAUGAGUUACCAUUAGAAUGCAUUUCCCUUUCUUAUUUUGGAUGUCUGCUUUCUAAAUUACUUACUGGCUUAUAAUCAGUUAUGAGUUAUGACACAUUGGUUCUGUUUGAUGAUUUGAACAGGAAGAUUGAAUGAUCUAAUGGAGACUAAAGGUGGGAAGAAGUCGUCUAGUAAAUCCUUAUUCUAUGAAGCUCCCCUUGGAUACUGCAUUGAAGACAUUCGACCCAACGGUGGAAUCAAGAAGUUCAGAUCUGCUGCGUACUCUAACGUGAUGUGUUCGCAAACCAUCCUGAUAUCCCUAAGUUGGAUCCCAGACCACG